GAGUGCGCGCGCAUCAGUUGUGAUCAGUCCAUUUCACCAAAUAUUUUUAUUGUUAGGUGUUAUUAUAAUCUUGUUUUUUAUUUACACGUUGAAUAUUGUGUAGUGGUUGAAAUCUGUGAUUUUUUUUAACAAAUUUCAAUUAACGUUUCAUUUGUCAUUUUUUCAGUGUUAUGACGUUGUGUCUAAUGAAAUUUUUUUAUGCAUCGUUUAAAAUUGACGGACAAAUAUGUUAAUACUUAGAUUGUAAAGUUACUAUUUUAAUUUACUGUUUAUUAAAAAUCCUGUAAUAUUUCAGUUAUCAAAAUCUAAAGUAUUUUGUAUUAUGAUUUUUAUUCGUGAAAUGUUAUAAGAAAUCUAAUUUUGAACAACUACUAUGGCUAAUUCAACUUUUAAUUUAGUAAUCAUUUCAUCCAAAUUUUUAUAAGUAAAGUGAAAUAUUUUCAAUUAAAUUAUAAUUAGUGUUCACCCUUAUAUUAUUUCAUGUAAAUUCAAAUUACAGUGUUUUACCUUAAAUUUUAAUUGUGUUGUUGGUUGUUACUUUUAAAAAGUCGUUCCGAUGUGCCUCCUUCAUGGCGAUUACAUUUAUUCAUAUAUUUUUGUUUUUGAUGCAAAUGAUUAUAGUCAACAGUGCUGGUCGAAUAAAUACGGCCAGCAACGAUACUGUAUCAUCAUGGAUUUUUGAACCACCUGAAAUUGUAAUAGCAGUUAGAGGUAAACCGUUCGAGUUGCGGUGUCAUUCGCCCCUUUCUAAUGUUACAUACCAUUGGGUGCAUAAUAAUCAUACCUUGUCUCUAGUCAACGAUACACGUCGCAAAGUUUUGCCUAAUGGCUCGUUAUAUUUUAAUUCGAUAAUAAAUAAAAAAUCUGGUGAUGCGGGAUCUUACAGAUGUAUAGUACAAACGCCAUAUGGCGCUAUUUCCUCAAAAAUAAUAACAUUGCAAACUGCAGUUCUUCACGAUUUUAUCAUAUCACCUCUUAAUGUGACAGUCAGUUCAGAAGCUAGUCGUGUAGCAAUUCGAUUUUCUUGUAAUAUAUAUUCUAUUCCUGAUGCUAAAAUUACUUGGUUUAAAAAUGGAGAGAAAGUGCCUGAUGAUGAUAUGAGGUAUAUAACCAAGAUACCUGGUGUACUAUACAUUAAAAAGAUUGUUGAUAGUGAUGUUGGAGAAUAUAAAUGUUCAGCGACUAACGAAUUGCUUAAUAAGGUAAAGUUUAGUAGUGUUGGUCAUCUAAUCCUUGAAAAAGUUCAAAAUGGGUCUUCAGAAAUUCAAUCAGGUAUUUUACCUUUGGCAUUUAUAUCUCCUGAAAGUUUGGAAGUAAAGAAUGUAGCAGAAGGGGAUAAUAUAACUUUUGAAUGUGCUGCUAUUGGAGUUUCUGCUCCACAGUUGAAUUGGUCAUUUACAUCAUCAAUAGGAAACAAACCCAUUAUUCUGAAUAAAAAUGAUAAUGCUGUUAGUAUUUUGAGUUUAACUAGUGUUGGUAUAAAAGAUUCUGGAACUUAUACAUGUCAUGCUUUUCAAACGAUGACAGGAUGGCCUGAUUUUCCACAUGCUAGAGUUUUCCAUUUGCAAGUAUUUACUACUCCUUCUAUUGUCAUUAAACCAGAAACUCAAACUAUUCCUAUAGCAAACUCAAUACGAUUUAGGUGUGGUGCAGAAGGAAAUCCAAUACCAAAUAUAACAUGGUAUCAUAAUGGACAUCGUUUAAAAUUGCAAGGCCGUAUUAAGCUCAAAGAUAAGUAUUUAUUAGUAAGUAAUACUGUGUCAAAUGAUUCUGGUAUCUACCAAUGUUUUGCUUCAAAUAACUAUGGAACAGUUUGGGCAGGAGCAAUGCUCACUAUCAGUUCAUCUCCAUAUGAACCAGCUCCUCCUAUAAAUAUCAGUUGUCGUACAUUAUCACCUACUAAAAUUCAAGUUUCAUGGCGCAAAUCUCUUUCUGAUAUACAUGAUGAUCCACCCAUCAUAGUUCGAGAUGAUUCUGUACAACUUGGUUCAUCUCAUAGUAGUGUUUCUUCAUCAGUUCCUGAUUUGGUUGAAACACCUAGUAAGAUAAUACGAGCCUAUACAAUUCAUUACAUGCCUACAGAUGGCGGAGAAGAAUCCUUAGCAGUGAGUGUUAAUCACUCUAUAAUAGUUGACAAAUUAAUGCCAUACAAAAAUUAUACAUUUUAUGUACGAGUUUAUAAUGGUAAAUCUGGAUCUGACCAAUCUGAAAAAGUCACUUGCAAAACUCAAGAUGAAGCUCCACAAACAGUACCAGAAUUGACUGUUACUGUACUCAGUCCAGUAUCAAUUCGUAUAGAAUGGUCUGCAAUUCAAGUAAGCUUAACAAAUGGUGCUAUUACUCAAUAUCAAGUGAUGUGGAGACGACUUCACAGCCCAUCUAAUUAUGUACAAAUGCUUUCAAAGAAUAUUUUACAGUAUACAAUAACAGGACUAAAAUCAGGAGGACAGUAUGAAGUUCAAGUUUUAGGAGUAACUAAAACCAAAUUACCUGAUAAUGAUUUUUCUUGGCAAAUUGUUGAAUUACCAGCUUCUAAUCCCAAUUUACCUAUUCCUAUUUUAUCUUAUGAAACUGUUAAUUCAAUCAAGUUGAUGUGGUAUGUCACAGACCAAUCAGCUUUAUUUGAUUCAUAUAAACUCAUGUAUCGUACUACUAAUCAAACAAAUCAAUCUAUAAUGACAUUAAAAACAUUUAGUCCAACAAUAAAUCAACAUACAAUAAAUUACUUAAAUGCGAUGGAUGUUUAUGAAAUACUGUUGAAUUGUGUAUCUGAAAGUGGAGAAGGAGAGCCUGUUUCUAAAACUAUAUCUGUAGUCUUAGAUAUGUUAUCUCCACCAUCUCAAAUAGAAGCAAUUGCUGCUUCAUUGCAUACAUUAAAUCUAUCUUGGGUUCCUCCUCAUUCAGCUGAUCCUUCUUCACUACUAUUUAUUGUUUCAUAUAGUACUUUAUCAAAUUAUUCUCAAAAUUUGACUACUGUUGUUACUGAUCUUGGUGCUACAACUCUUGAAAUUAAUGGUUUAAAACCUUAUUCAAUAUACGAAUUUAAAAUUUCUACCCAAGAUAAAAGUAAUAGAAAAAGUGAAUACAGCCAAAAAGUACAAGUACGAACUCUUCAAGGAGUGCCUGGCAUUGUCGAACAUAUAACUUCUCAAUGGCUUAAUGCUAGCACUGUUCGAAUAAGUUGGCUAGAACCCAUUAAACCAAAUGGCAUAAUUAUGGCUUAUUAUGUAUCUUAUACAUCUGAACUCAAUGUACCACCAACAUCUUGGCAACAGCUAAAUGUAUCUCGCAGUAAAAAUCAUCUAGACUUAUAUGGACUAAACAACAACACAAGAUAUUUUUUCAUGCUGCGAGCUGCUACAGAUGCUGGUUUUGGGCCUCAAAGUGGAAUUUUUUCUAUUGAGCCAUUAACACCCCUAAAAGAAUUAUCUUUUAAAUCUAACCAUACAAUUGAACAGCCAUCAAUUUAUGUUGAAGAUGAACAGUUACUAGGAAUAGUUAUUGGCUGUGUUAUUGGUGUAUGUUGCAUUAUUAUUUGUACCACAAGUAUUGUACUUAAACGACAAUGUAUCAAAGCUGAAAGGCUACGAGAAAUACAACAAAAUUCAAUUGCCAGUGAUGCAGCAUAUUGUUCACAGCAUAUGCUUCCAAUUACAAUUGAACAUGUACAAAGUGAAGAAAGUGUUCCAUUAAAUGAUAUUCAUUAUAUUACUAGAUUUAUAGAUAGUAGAGGUUGUUUUCAAAACAAUAAUUCAAGUAUGGCAAUGCCUCUUUUAGAACAAAAUAGCUUGAGGGAGCAUAAUUUAUUAAAUAUGCAUAUUAUUGAAAAUCCUCAAUGUUUGGUAAAUGCAGACAAUUAUGAUGUAGAUAGCUUGUUAAGUGAGUCAGCAGAAGGAGGUGCUGGAACAGAAGAAUCUGGUUGUAGUGAUCAGUUAGUGAAAAGCCAAAAAGGAGGAGAUUAUAGUGUUAUUGAUGAUGGAUUUCAUGAACAUGUUGAGAUUAAUAAAAUAUCUGCUGUCAGAUGAUUUUAUCAUAAAUAUGUAUAUUUGUGCCAAAAUUAUAACAUCAAGUUACUACUUAUUUGAGGGUUCCUGAGAUUGAUUUCAUCUUCAUUCAACUAUUUCAGUUGGUCAAAGUUAAGGUGUAUGUAAAGACAUUACCAAAAGUUUAUAGUAUUGUCAUAUUAUUUCAGUAUAACUAGUGAUAUUUUUUUUGAACAAGUGACUAUAAA